UGGAGCAUGUGAACAUACUGACACAUCAGAGAAAAGAAAGCAACAACAGAAGAGACGGAGAGAUUGGAAGAGCAGGAGAAAGGAGAAGAGGAAAGAAAGAGUGUGCUCUUCUCUCGGAGGGAGGGAAACGGUCUCUUCUCUCGUCCGUCCUCCCUCGUUCCUGCUCCUGAUUCGUCCCUCUCAGCGGAGCCAGACCUCCUCCGUCCUGCAGCCUGUUUGGAGGACAUGCCGCAGACGGAGAGAUGCAGGAGAGGAGAGUGGAGAUGAAGAGAUGAUCGAGUCGCAUGGUGUGUGGACGAGUGUGUGCGUGGGAGUCCCUGAGCUCCAGCUGUCCUGAACCACAUGGAACCGGCUGGUUGGCAUGGAGAUGGAUGCGAGGUGCCUCCUCGCUCAGUGGACCGCUGCUAGCAAACAAACGGCCUCUUGUGUUCAGGCAACUCUCGGUGUCGCCCGGUGAGUCCAGCAGCUUCACGCCUAGGCCGUGUUGUCCUCUUUUCUAGAGAAAGUUACCGAGAGGCCUUUUUCUAAACUCAGUAGACAACACACACACAGACAGACACACACCAUCUGUCCGCCACCCUGUAGAGAGAGAUUCUUGACGCCGGCUCCCUCCAUGUGUUUUUGCAGCGAUCUCGGGACCUUCUUACAUCUUGACUCUAAUUAAGCCAGAGGGCAGCAAGCUGGUGCCUUCCCUCCCACCCUCCAUCCCCCGAGGCCCCAUUGUCAUCAUUAAGUUCUGCUGCGAGCCGCCCUUGAAUAAUGGAGGGAGCAGAGUCUGCUCUGGACUAGUGCCUUGAGGGUGGGAGGCGGACGGAGAACAGCGUGAUAGAGAAACGAAUGAGGAGGCGAGCGGUGGAGUGGAGCUCUGUACGAGAGGGAGGUGGAGGGGUGUGUCCAGCGCUGAACGGAGCAGCAGCCAAACAGAGGCUGAGCUCAGGAUCGACACGUGCUCCAACCAGGACGCACGGGAGAAGAUGAUCUCCACAUCCAGACCACACCUUCCUCUGCACCGGGCUGGAAUCACACCAGAUAAAGGAAGAGAAGACAGGAGACUGCACCACUCUUAGUUUUUCCAUCCCUGUGUUUGUCUCUGAACGUCUGUUGAAGGAAUCUCCCUGAAGCCUGGGAUUCUCUGUUUUUAUCCACCUCAGUAAGAAACUGACUUGACACAGAUUCUCUUCUUCUCUCUGAACCUUCAGGAGUUUGAAUCAUCUUCAAAGAACCAAACCAGGUUUAUUCAGCCCGAGUCUCACGUGAAGAUUUGUCAAAGAAACAACACGACAGAGCUUGUUAUAGACCUGGAAAACGAUCAGAGAGGAUUCCUAAUAGAAGAGGACACUCUUUCAAACAGUGCGUUGAGUUGUUGGCAUCAGUUGAUCGACAAAGGAAGAGCGAGGAGGCUGUGAUGUAACUUCCUCCACGUGGUCGGACUUCCUGGAAAGUGCCUGAACUUUGUAGCUUUGUUAACCAAAAACCAAAAAGCUAAAAAAUCCACUGGCGCUGAAUCAUGGACGACUCGAGUAUUUUGAGGCGCAGAGGACUCCAGAAGGAGCUGAGUCUUCCCAGAAGAGGCAGCUUAAUCUGGUCGCCGGCUCAGCUGCGUUGCCACAGCAACAGCAGCCUCCUCCAGCACCUGCUGUCCCCCACUUCCUUUCAUCCCUCUGCCGCUCAGGCGCCCGUCAUCACCCUCUCUCCCUCCUCUUUCUCCUCCUCCUCUCCCUCCCUCUGUUCCUCUGACGGCCCUCUGUCAGCCCCUGUUCACCAGCGAGGAAACCCCUUCCUCUGGAGCUGUCGGACGAGCAACAGGAAGAGCCUGAUUGUGACGUCCAGCACCUCCCCCACCCUCCCCCGACCACACUCACCUCUGCAUGGACACACAGGAACCAGCCCACUGGACAGUCCUCGCAACUUCUCCCCCAGCACAGCGGCACACUUCUCCUUCGUCCCUGCACGCAGUCACGGACACAGGGCUGACAGGACGGAUGGAAGACGCUGGUCUCUGGCCUCGCUGCCGUCCUCUGGCUAUGGCACCAACACUCCCAGCUCCACUGUCUCGUCCUCCUGUUCAUCUCAGGAGAAGCUGCACCAGCUGCCCUUCCAGCCCACGCCGGACGAGCUGCACUUCCUCACCAAACACUUCAGCUCCGAGAGCAUCACGGACGAGGAGGGACGCCACUCCCCCCUCAUGAGGCCGCGGUCCCGGAGCCUCAGUCCCGGCCGCUCGCCCAUCUCCUUCGACCAUGAGAUCGUGAUGAUGAACCAUGUGUACAAGGAGCGGUUCCCCAAGGCGACGGCUCAGAUGGAGGAGCGUCUGGCCGAGCUGCUCUGCUCCUCGGCCCCGGACAAGGUGCUGGCCGACGGGGUCCUGAGCUUCAUCCACCACCAGCUGCUCGAGCUGUCCAGAGACUGCCUGGAGAAAAGCCGAGAGGGCCUCAUCACCUCCCGCUACUUCUACGAGCUGCAGGAGAACCUGGAGAAGCUGCUGCAAGAUGCUCACGAGCGCUCGGAGAGCGUGGAGGUCACGUUCGUCACGCAACUCGUCAAGAAGCUGAUGAUCAUCAUCGCCCGGCCUGCGCGUCUGCUGGAGUGUCUGGAGUUUGACCCUGAGGAGUUCUACCACCUGUUGGAAGCAGCAGAGGGUCAUGCUAAGGAAGGUCAGGGCAUCAAGUCCGACAUCCCCAGAUACAUCAUCAGCCAGCUGGGCCUCACCCGGGACCCCCUGGAGGAAAUGGCCCAGCUGAGCAGCUAUGACAGCGGGAACCCGGAAACCCCCGAGACGGACGACUCGGUGGACAGUCAAGGAAACACAGUUCCAGCUGCACCGACUCAGCCUAAAACCAAACCCCCCCGAGAGGAAGACUUUGAAACCAUCAAGCUCAUCAGUAACGGAGCUUAUGGUGCUGUGUUUCUGGUGCGUCACAAAGAGUCCCGGCAGCGAUUCGCCAUGAAGAAGAUCAACAAGCAGAACCUGAUCCUGAGGAACCAGAUCCAACAGGCCUUCGUGGAAAGAGACAUCCUGACGUUCGCCGAAAACCCGUUUGUCGUGUCCAUGUUCUGCUCUUUUGAGACCAGACGCCACCUCUGCAUGGUGAUGGAGUACGUGGAGGGGGGCGACUGUGCCACGCUGCUGAAGAACAUCGGAGCGCUGCCGGUCGACAUGGCUCGGAUGUACUUCGCUGAAACCGUCCUCGCACUCGAGUAUCUUCACAACUACGGCAUCGUACACAGAGACCUCAAACCUGACAAUCUCCUCAUCACGUCCAUGGGACACAUCAAGCUGACGGACUUCGGCCUCUCAAAGAUCGGUUUGAUGAGUUUGACCACAAACUUGUACGAAGGACACAUCGAGAAAGACACCAGAGAGUUCCUGGACAAACAGGUGUGCGGUACUCCAGAGUACAUCGCUCCAGAGGUGAUUCUGCGUCAGGGCUACGGGAAGCCGGUGGACUGGUGGGCGAUGGGCGUCAUCCUGUACGAGUUCCUGGUGGGCUGCGCUCCGUUCUUCGGGGACACGCCGGAGGAGCUGUUUGGUCAGGUCAUCAGUGAUGAAAUCAUUUGGCCAGAGGAAGAGGAAGCUCUGCCUCAGGAGGCUCAGGAUCUCAUCUGCAAGCUGCUGAGGCAAAACCCACUGGAGAGACUGGGCACAGGAAGUGCCUAUGAGGUGAAGCAGCACUCGUUCUUCACAGACCUGGACUGGAACAGCCUGCUGAGGCAGAAAGCCGAGUUCAUCCCUCAGCUGGAGUCUGAGGACGACACCAGUUACUUCGACACUCGGUCUGAUCGGUACCACCACGUGGAUUCAGAGGAGGAAGACGACACCAAUGAUGAAGAGCACGUGGAGAUUCGACAGUUCUCCUCCUGCUCGCCUCGCUUCAGCAAGGUUUACAGCAGCAUGGAGCGUCUGUCUCUGCACGAGGAGAAGAGAACUCCUCCUCCCACCAAGCGCAGCCUCAGUGAGGAAGGAGGAGAUCGGAUCGACAGCCUGAGUGGACUGAAGUCCAGAGAUCGAUCGUGGCUGGUGGGAUCUCCAGAGAUCCUGCGGAAGCGUUUGUCUGUUUCCGAGUCGUCGCACACGGAGAGCGACUCCAGCCCUCCGCUGACGGUCCGGAGGCGCUGCUGCUCCGCCAUCAUCGAGAUGCCACGCUUUGCCAUUUCCUCUGAGGAGGAAGGACAAGCUGCAGCUGGAAGCAGAAAGAGCCCGAGCCUGAGUGCGCUGAGGCUGGGCCCCCGGAGCGACGAGCUGCCCCUCGCCAUCCCAGAGCUCCCGCUGGAGAGAGAGCUGAAGCUGGACGAGUCCCCCACCACCCCGAGCUCCACCUCCAGUCAGCUGAGCAAGGCCACGCUCACACCCGGCAGCUCAGGCGACGUGUGUGAACGUGCUAACGGCAGUAAUGGCGUUAACGGCCGAGCAGCUAAAGCCGACAGCGACUCUCCAUCGACUCCUAAAGCCAUCAGCGACCUGGCCGCUCGCAGGGCUCGUCAUCGCCUGCUGUCCGGAGACGCUGACAAGCACACGGCGACUCAGAGCUCCAGGCCGCUCAACAAGGUCAUCAAGUCGGCCUCGGCCACCACGCUGUCGCUCAUGAUCCCUGCAGAUCACCACGGAGCCUCCCCACUGGCCAGCCCCAUGUCCCCCCACUCGCUGUCGUCCAAUCCGUCGUCACGUGACUCCUCGCCGAGCCGGGAUCUGGCCCCGGCCGUGACCAACGUCAAACCCGCCAUCGUGAUCCACAGAGCGGGGAAGAAGUACGGCUUCACCCUGAGAGCGAUCCGCGUCUACAUGGGCGACUCUGACAUCUACACCGUGCAUCACAUGGUCUGGCACGUGGAGGAUAAGGGUCCGGCCCACGACUCGGGGCUGAGGGAGGGGGACCUCAUCACCCACGUGAACGGAGAAGCGGUCCAUGGUCUGGUUCACACCGAGGUGGUGGAGCUCAUCCUGAAGAGCGGCCCCAAAGUGUCCAUCUCUGCCACCCCGUUCGAAAACACGUCCAUCAAAGUGGGGCCCGCCCGAAAGACGAACCAGAAGACCAAGAUGGCGAGACGCAACAAGAAGACCAAGACCAAGGAGGGUCAGGAGAGUAAGAAGAGGACGUCUCUGUUCAGGAAGAUCACCAAGCAGGCGUCUCUCCUCCACACCAGCCGCAGUCUGUCCUCUCUGAACCGCUCCCUGUCGUCCGGGGAGAGCGGCCCCGGCUCCCCCACACACAACCUGUCCCCACGGAGCCCAACGCAGGGCUACAGGUCCACGCCAGACUCCGCCCACUCAGUUGGUGGAAACUCGUCCCAGAGCAGCUCCCCGAGCUCCAGCGUCCCAAACUCCCCCGCGAGCUCGGGCCACAUCCGGCCCAGCUCUCUGCACGGCCUCGCCCCGAAGCUCCAGCGACAGUACCGCUCGCCCCGACGCAAGUCAGCCGGCAACAUCCCCCUCUCCCCUCUGGCUCGCACGCCUUCGCCCACGCCUCAGAGCAGCUCGCCGCAGCGCUCCCCCUCCCCGCUGUCCAGCCACGCUCUGGGACAGUCCGCCGUGGGACAGUCGUUCCCCGUGAAGCUCCACUCCUCCCCUCCCCUGGUGAGGCAGAUCUCCAGACCCAAGAGCGCCGAGCCUCCGCGCUCGCCGCUCCUCAAGAGGGUGCAGUCGGCCGAGAAGCUGGCCUCCUCCCUCUCUAACUCCCCCUCGUCUCCCUCCGGCGUGGCGACGGGGGCGGCGGCUGCGGGGAGUCGUAAACACAGUCUGGACAUCUCACAUUCAGAGUUCAAGAAGGAGAUUCUGCAGAGAGAGCCGAGUCUACAGAGUCUUCAGGAGUCGGCCAGCGAGGGGCUUCUGUCCUCGGCCGGUCGUGGCGUGGAGACGGGCAGCCUGCAGAAGCACUCGUCCUCCUCAUCUAGGAAGUUGGGACGUCAGGAGGGCGACGGCGGCCUGAUCUCCGGUUCUCUGGGCCUCGCCCCCGGGAAGAGCAAACUGAAGGACAAGCUGUCGGCCAUCCGGCAGGACCGGGCCGAGCGGAGAGAGUCGCUGCAGAAGCAAGACGCCAUUCACGAGGUGGACUCGUCUGAGGACGAGACGGAUGAGGGCUCAGAGGACAGCCAGGACGGACGCAGGGGGACGACCUUCACCACUCCUCCCCUCCUCAGGCCCACCACUGUGAGAACAGGCCCCGGAGGCACCCUGCCGUCCCUCUGCCUCUCCCCCUGCACGCCUCACGCCACUUUCACCCACACAGGGCCCUCGCUGGCAGCCAGGCAGCCCCUCCCCUCGCUUACAGAGACAAAGUCUGGACUGAGAGAGGGAGGCUCUGCCGCGUCCUCAGAAGACGCUCUGAGACAAGAGAGGAAGGUUCUGGAGCAGGGCGCCACCACUAAACCAGCUCAGGGCCCCCUCCCCUUCUCCACGCCAGGCAGUGCGUUCAUCUCCGUCAGCAGAGACAUGUUCCUCAAACCCGCAACUCCGCCCGACUCCAGGAGUCUCAGAGCGAGAACUGGACCAUCAGAGUCCAGAGCUGCAGACAGAAACCUGGACAGCCCUAAAACCCCAUCGACCGCCAUCACUGCAAGCGCCACCGACUGCAGGGCGACCACGAGCGCCACAGACUGCAGAGCGACCACGAGUGAGACCACGGGUACGACAGACCAAACCACUGAAACCCCCCGCGCCUCCUGCUCCUCCCCCGGCGUACCGAAGGAGAAGAAGGAGGCAGACAACCGGAGACUCUGCGCCGCUGUGGCUGCAACUGUGAGUGUGUCGCCGUCAUCCACCUCAAGCUCCAACUCCAGUUCAAGCUCUCCAGUCCCGCCCCCUGAGAGUGGCGUGGACAAAGUGGCGUCCCAGCUGGCGAUCGUAGCAAAGAGCGUUCUCUGUCCCGUCAAACUGACCACGGCUGCAGACCCGAAGGACCAGAAACCAUCAACUGACUCGUUUCCCUCCAAACCGCUUCCUGCCCCUCAGUCGCCAGCUCCACAGAGAACUGAGCGAGUAGCGUCGCUGACCGUCUCGCAGACAUCGGCCAAACCCUCGACCCAAAAAGACUUCGCAGCCCCGGCGCCGCCGUCCUGCAAGGACGUCCCCGACCGCCCAGACAGACCCACAUCAGGGUCUGUGAGUCGGGAGAACGCCGCCACGCCUGCACAGCGGGUGGGAGCGACAAGCCUCCCCGCCACUGCAGCAUCUGAGCCACAGCGCAAGAGGUUCGAACCCCAGACAACAACUGCGACCGCCGCCAUGUCCGCCUGCUCCUCGCCACGAGACAAAGCAACCACCAAGAAGACGUAGCAGCAGAAUGUACAGAUCACGUGAGUCAGUGUCGGCCGCAGGUUCUAAAACCCUCUCGCUGCAUGUUUGGACGGAAACAACAGAAUCAGAACUUCACAGUGAAACAGAGACUUUGACUUUCACCACGUGGAGGGAGGCGGAGCGCGGUCACAUGUGGUCGACCUCUUUCCAUUCCAGACGCUUCGGUUCCUGCGUUUCGACCAAAAAACACGAGGAGCCUCGUCUUUCUCUUUCUUUUAAGGGGCUGGAAGUAACGAGCUCGGUGGUUCGUGCACAAACCAACACAGCGUCCUCACUCCCAGUUUCCUGCUGCUGCUUCAUCAACUUCAUGUUCAACAGAGACACUCGUCUUCUCAUCCCUUCCUCCCUGUGGCGCGUUCUCAGCCAGCAGGGGGCGCCCAGCGUACGAUUAGCAAACUGCGUGAACGCAUUACAGUUUGUUUAGUGUAAAUCUUAGUCAUUGUACAGUCAGCGUCCAGAACCAGGACAAAGCAGAUUCUGCUCCGGGCCCCGAGGAUCCGACCCUGCAGGUGUUUCCCUCAGCUCAGACUCACAGGCAGUUUACAGAACUCUUUGUGAAUGUUGGAUUCGAUCGAGGUUUGACAGACGAGUGCAGACGGAGGCAAGAGGCACAGAUUGUAAAGACUGUGUCUGAACUCUGGAUCUUUACUCCACGUUCACUGUGGCCGGUUAGUUUCUGAGUCGAUUUUCACAUAUUUGGAAAACACCGACUAAACAAAUCUCCUCCAGCUCAACAUGUGAUCGUUAGCUAAGAUGCUACACGAUCGACUUUUAAUCGUUAGUAUAAAUUCUCAGAUUUUCUCAGCGUUUUAUUCGUCCCUGCUCAUUUUUAUUAAAACCGUCGCUUCACGAGUUAAAAGGACAAAACGUCGGCACAGGAAGAUUAAACAUUGAGCUGCAGUUAUUAAAUUUCCUCAAAGUAAAGAUUCAGAUUCUAUAAACACGCUGAGGCUUGACCUAGCAUAUUAGCAUUAGCAUGGUUAGACGAGGGCCCAGGUCCCUUCUCCUGGGGCCCUAACGUCCCUCGAGAGGCUCCUGCUCUUCACGUCUCUGUCAUUUACCAAACGUUUAGUUCCCAACACAAAGACAUGAGGGUUUACAUCUUGUGAGUUUCUGGGUCCUGAGCUGCAGCGAAGGAUCCGACCUGAGAAACGUUGUCCGACCACCAACUCCGUCACUUCCUGCCCCGACAGCCUUUUGUUUUCUAUCUGGACCAAGUCGCUGUGUUUUCAGUCAAAUCCUGUGAAGUCACCAGACUUUACUUUGUGUUGGUGUGAGGGAGACGCUCAUCUGUGCAUGGUUAUGUGUAUAUAUAAGAGUAUUUAUCUGUUGUACUCCUGUUUUAUACCCUGAGAGAGAGUGUGUGUGUGUGCGUGUGUGUGUGUAUCAGACAUCAGGUUUGGCACAAAACUUUUAUUUUGUCAGAUAAAUAGACAAAAAUCUCUAAAAGUUAAUCAGUGACUGGUGUGUGUGUGUGUGUGUGUGUGUGUUCGGUUCUUCUGUUGCUUUUUUUUGUUUUUGAAAAAACGAAAUGUAAUUUCCUCCCGUUUAUUUCUCGAUAUCCAACAUUGAUUUUCCUCUCGUCCUUCAUUCCUCUCGUACGUUUCGCUUGCAGUUUUUGUUUUGGUCCGAGUCACAUGUUGCAGAACGUUUCCGGCUGUUUCUCCGAAGCAGGUCCACGUCCUCGUUGUGCGUCCGUGACGAGCGACGCCUCCCUCGGUGUUUGUGUGUUUGCUGACAUCACAGUUCUCUGACUCCAGUUGAACGGACUCCGAGGAACUGACUCUGUCGUGUUUACAUGUGGUUUCUGUUUGGUUUCUGUGUUAUUUUCGUUGAUGGAACUUGUUGCCUGUAGCAAUCAGACCUCCUCAGGCCUCCGUGCGUUCAGGCCUCGGUGUGUUACAAGAAAUACAAACGUAGGUUUGUGGGAAAUUAGAAAUGUCUUCAUUACUUCAUUGUUCUUCAAGACAAAUCAAACGUUCGUGCCUGAAAACUUCAUUCGUCUGAUUAACUGGAUUCGCUCUCGACACACACACACACACACACACAGAUCAAAGUGUGAGUCAUCUAACGUAGCGAUGCCAGUUUGACUACACACACACACACACACUUUCUCCCGUGUGUAAAAGAUGAUGGUGCAGCCAUCUGCUGGAGACUGAAGCAAGUGUCAGUUUCCCUGGUGGAGUCAUUAAUCUAAAGCCCAGAGCCUGUUGGACACACAGACACACACACACACACACACACACACACAGACACACAAGGUCGGCUCCUCUGUGUCGUCCCGUUCGGUUACACUUUUGUCCGACCUCCAGCCUGUGUUUACCCAUCAUGCACCUCUGCUGCUCUGUGGCCACGUUCAGCGGAGUUUCACUUGUUCUGUGUUCGAGUGAUGGAUCAGAGCGAGUUGAGAGUCUGACUCCUGAGACGCUCCAGAGGAAUCAAACUUGUGACUGUCGGUAUGAAAAGGUACGAGGUGAAGCCUAAUGGCCACUGACACACACACACACAGACACACACACACACACACAUUCAGUUAGUCUGAGUGCGGCGGCCGAGCAGCAGAAAACACCUUUUCACUGCCUCGACAGACGUUUGCAGUAUUUCAGUGUUUCCAUGUUGUGUGUUUUCUCUGUGACACACGAGUGAUGAAGAGGAGGAGGAGGAAGAUUCAGCCGUGCACCGUAAAAAGCUUGAGUGAGAUAAAAACAUUGCUGAGUAAAACCAGUGCAAUAUCUUUUUAUUUUUUAUUGUGGUAAACGCAUGUUGUUGUCAAUCUUACCUUACGACAAUAAUAAAGUUUUUUUUAUGUACA